AUGGUCGUCCCGCAAGCGCUCGCCUACGCAUCGAUCGCCACCCUUCCUGUCGAGUACGGCCUGCUCUCGGCAUGGGUUGCUCCCCUUGUGUAUGCUGUUCUCGGCACUUCGCGCGACAUCGCUGUCGGGCCAACCGCCAUCAUGUCGCUCAUGGUAGCACAUGCUGUGGCCUCGAUGGAGGCUCCCGCUGACAAGGUCGCUGCCGCGGCUGUGCUCUCGUUCUUGGCCGGCGCUACCCAAAUCCUGGCGAGCCUUGUGCGCGCCGGCGGCUUGGUCUCGUUCCUCUCUGCGCCCGUCAUCGAUGGCUUUGUCUCGUCAGCUGCCGUCACCAUCGGCUUUGGCCAGCUUCAUCACUUCUUUGGCUCCUCGGGCUCGUCGGUCUCGUUCUACGACGACGUCGUCCGCACCUUUGAGCACUGGGGCAUCAAUGUCCGCGACCACUGGCCAGAUCUGCUUUUGGGCAUGGGAGGAGUCGCGGUUGUGGUUGCUCUCAAGGCUGCUCGCGACGCAUGGGGCUCGUCGUCGCGGCUCUGCCGCGCCCUCGGCACCGCUCGCAACGCCAUCGCCGUCCUCGGCAGUACCGCCUUUGUGGUCGGCUAUCAGGCCGCCUGCGGCCACUCGCUUGACUGCCGUGCAUCGUGUGCCUCCUCGCCAUUUGCGCUCACUGGCCACGUGCCGUCUGUCUUUGCCUCCUCGUUUACCGUCCCUUCGCUUGGCUCGCUCCCGCGCAUCGGCGCCGCAAUCGGCCCGUACGUCCCGCUGGCAGCCGCCGUCGGCUUCCUUGAGUCGAUAUCCAUUGCCAAGGCAUUCGGCGCCUCGCGUGGUUACAACGUUGGGCCUUCGCAAGAGCUCUUUGCGCUGGGCAUGGCCAAUGUGCUCGGUUCGUUUGCCUCGGCCUUUGUGGUCACAGGCUCAUUCUCGCGCUCGGCCGUGCAAUCGCGGUCGGGCGCCCGCUCGCCGCUUGCCGGCAUCAUGUCGUCUGUCAUUGUCCUCCUCGCCAUCAACCUGCUCACGACGCUCUUUUGCUUUGUUCCUAAGGUCUCGCUCGCCGCCAUCAUCAUCACCGCCGUUGUGCCGAUGUUCGAGGCCUCGCACUGGGUCUUUCUCUGGCGGACGUCGCCGGCUGAGACUGCUGUUGCCGGCUGCACCUUUGUUGCCUGCCUUGGUCUCGGCAUUGCCUACGGCAUCGCCAUUGGCCUUGGCGCCUCUAUCGUUGCCCUGCUCUACCUCAACUCCCACCCGCGGAUCGAGGUCUCAUUUGUCGAGGAUGCAACUGUUCUGCACCUCGCCGGCCCGCUCCUCUUCCCCGCCGUUCCGCGGCUAGAGGCUGCCGCCAUGGGCCUCCUUACCGAUCCGCUCCCGCCAGUCGCGGUCAUCCUGGAUCUUGCCGCCAUGCCAUCGCUCGACGCAUCGGGAAUCCGCCUUCUCGAGCGCAUCGUCGCCGCCUACCGCGUCGCCGACGUCCCCAUCAUGGCGGCUGGCGUUGGUGAGCGCCCGCUGGCCACCCUCCACGCCUCGGCCGCAGACCUCCACACGCUCCUCGCACACGCCUCGGCCGACGUCGACAACGUAUUUUCGGCCAUCCGCGCCAUGCCGUUUACCCUUGUACGCCGCCGACUGCCACGCCGACCGCCAUCGCCUAGCGACUCGCUCCUGCCGCGAUUUUCGCUCCAGGCCCCGUCUGGUACCCACCCACGUGGAUAG